AUGGAGAAAGAGUUAGAGAAAUUAGUAGAGAUUGGGCAAAAGUUAGGUUUGCAAGGAGAUCAGUUGUUAGAAUAUGUUAGAGAAAAAGAGAGAGCUGAAAGAAAAAUUGAAGAAGAUAAAUUGUUAAGAGAGGAGAAAGCAAAGGAAAGAGAGGCGAAAAGAGAAGAGAAAGAACUUGAUUUGCAGAUAGUGCAAUGUGAGCAAGAGUCUAGGAGAAAAGAAAAAGAGUUGAGCAUGGAGAUGCAAAUGAAAGAAUCAAACAAUCAUUUGGCAUUGUUGGAAAAACAAAUUCAGUUAGAGAGUGCAAAAGCAGAGGCAUUAGCAUUAGAAAUUAACUCUAAGCAUCAAAGUGCCCCCAUGUCCCCUGAUGUGUCUGUUCAAAGUCGUGCUAAGUUGCCCAAACUUCCUCCAUUUAAUGAUCAAAGAGACUGUAUUGACGCUUAUCUACAAAGAUUUGAAAGGUUUGCAGAAAAUGCUAAAUGGUCUAAGGAUACAUGGUCAAUAAAUCUUAGUGCUUUGCUUACAGGUACUGCUCUUGAGGUUUACUCUCGUUUAUCUCCUGGCGAUGCAUUUGAUUAUGAUAAGCUCAAAUGUUCGUUGCUUCAGAGGUUUAGAUUGUCUGAAGAAGGUUUCCGCGAGAAAUUCAGAAGUAGUAAGCCAGAAAAAGGGGAGAAUCCCCCUCAAUUCUUCGCGCAUUUAGACAAUUAUCUGAAAAGGUGGAUGGAACUCGCGAAAUCCCCAUCAACGUUUGAAGGCUUAAAAGAUCUUAUGUUGCGCGAACAAUUUAUUUCAAAUUGUAGUAAGACUUUAGCUACUUUCUUACGAGAACGUCACCCGAAAGAUGUUAAGGAAAUGACGCGUUUAGCAGAACAGUUUAUUGAAGCGCAUGGCACUUCUUCAUUUUCUUACGAUCGCACAAAUUAUCGAGUAGCGACCGAUGAUGUGAGGUCAACAUCAACAACGGUUCAAAAGAAACCUUUUUCAAGUACAGGUAAGAAUGAUAGAAAGUGUUAUGAGUGUGGUCGAACUGGACACAUCGCUAGAGAUUGUUUUGACAGGCUUAAGAAAGGAAAUCGUACCCACACUUACAAAAGCGCAGCGAUGUUAACCUCUGGUUCUUCAUCAAGGGUUACUUCCCGAUCUACGAAGUCACAGCACCAGAAAUUGGAUGUUGAGGUAGAGAAUCAACUAGGAAACCAAUCCCCUGAAUCAGGUAAACAUUUAUUGGUGGAGCUUGUCGUGUUUGUCAUAAUAUGCCAGUUUCAGAUGGGUAUGUAG